UUCACUUUAUAUUUCUGUUUUUGCCGAAGUCAGUGCUUUCCAAUAUUUCACUUGAAUCCAAGCAACAGAGGAAACGCGUCCUAUUGGCAAAUAAACGAAACGUAUUUCAGCAAAAAUGUCUAUAAAUAAUAAGAAGUGGAGUGAGCUCUCGAUGUUCGAGCGGUUUAAGUUUAUGGAAAACACACCCACAGAUUGCACUUUUAUCGUUGGAAUCACCAAAGAUGAGAUAAAGCGCAUACCAUGUCACAAGGAAGUCUUGUCACAAUGCUCAGAAGUUUUCAGUACGAUGUUUAAUGGAAACUAUUUAGAAUCUGAAGAAAAUUGUGAAAUUCGCUUAAAUGAUGUUCAGCCAUAUGUGUUUCAAUACUUUAUGAAUUUUAUAUAUUCGGGUGUUGAACCAUUUAAAUGGGUUUUAAAAGAUCUUGCACAGUUGGCUUAUUUAAGUGACAAAUAUAUGAUUCGUUCUUUAAGUAAUGAAUGUGAGCGAAGAAUAAAAGAUAACUGUUCGGUUACAUUAUUGGAUUUAGUGGAAUAUCUAAAAUACCCAAUUUCUGACAAGCUUAUGAAAAUAAUUACAGGAUAUGUUAGAUUAAAUUAUAGUACAGAUGAUAUUUUGCCGUCUUUGAUAUAUAAUUUAAAUCUAUCAUCCUUCCUAGUGGUCAUACAGUUAAGUCAAAAUAAUAUAACGAGUUAUAGACUUUUUGAAAUGAUUGAAAAUUACGUGAAAAUGAAUUUUUUUCAAAGAAAAGGAUUUAUAAAAACUACACACGAUACAGAAAUACUAUGUGGGGCGAAUAAAAUUAUCAUUGAACAACUAUUGUCAAUGGUUCAACUUGAGCAAAUGACCGCAAAAGAGUUUGUGAACGGACCUAUGAAGUCCUUCCUUCUGGAUGUGCACACGAAAUUGAAUAUAUUAAUUAAAAUAUCUAAAAGUUACCUUAUAAAAGAAGAAUUAUUCAAAAGGCUUGAGAUAUUUUAA